UCGUCUGCCAUCGUCGCUCCUGCCAUCGUCGCCCAGCAACCCACACAGGUCGUCUCCGGCCAGUCCCCGGCGACACUGCAACCCUCAAGAGCCUCUUUUCCAGCACACAUCCCCAUCGCCAUGGAGCCUUCUCCUUCGCAGCCACGCCCCAAGAAGAAGCCCGCCACCGCACCCAGGGUGGCCGGACCAGACCCCCAGGCUCUGGUCGAGCAACUGCCGGACCUGUUCCAGUCGAUGGCUGGCCGCGGAGAAUCGCUCUUCAGGAGCGCCGACCACCUUGUCUCUGACACACUGCCGCAGUUUGCCUGGUCGUCCAUCAGCCAGAUUCGCCAGAUGGCCGAUGAAUCCGACCUGCCGUGGUCCUCGCCCAAAGACCUGUUCGAGCUUGCCCGGGCCCGCGCUGGCCAGGAGCUCCUGAAACACUCGGCCCAGUACUUUGUCAUCAAUCCCAUCCGCGAGCUCCUCAUCAACCCACUCUAUGAGUUUGUCACCUAUGGCCUCUUUGGUGCCCGCACCCAGAAGAUCAGCAUCAACUUUAUUGUCUUUAUUCUGUUCUACGGAUCCCUCAUCGGCUCGGCCCUCGGCAUCUACAGCACCUUCUACUACUUUUACAUUCCCAAAGUUGGCCACUUUGUGCCGGCUUACAUGCAGUAUCCCGUCGCCGGCGAGCAAUUCUUCCCUCAUGCGCGGGUGAACUUUGUUGAAAUCGACCCUGAUCUGUAUCCAACCGACGAAGAGGGCUUCUUGACCCCUGAUCAGAGAUACAACUUUGGCGUCGAGUUCUAUGUCCCUGACAGCGACCACAAUCUCAAGCUCGGAAACUUCAUGGUUGACAUGACUCUCCAGAACAUCGAUAACCAGACCCUAGCCCGCGGACGGCGUCCCGCUCUGAUCCGAUACCGCUCUCCCCUCCAUCGCUGGAUGAGAACAAUUUACAAGACGUUCUCGCUGCUGGUGGACUGGGACCACGAAGCACAGCACAUCAAGGUCGUUCUCGUGAACGAUCUAAUCGCCAGCGAGGAAAAAGUCAAGUCUGUCCACCACGCUCUGGUUUCGUUCUCCAGCGCACAUGUCCAGAUCUACGAGACCAAGGUCUUUGCCGAGGCACACUUCCAGGGCCUUCGGUUCUUUAUGUACAACUGGUGGUUCACCACCGGUGCCCUCUUCACCUCGGUCGUUCUCUUCUGGGAAGUCACCUUCGGCUACAUCGUUUGGAAGCUCUUCCGUGCCGUAGUCCGCAAGUCCACCAAGGACGAGGACGGCGAAGUUGUGGACGACGAAGAUCUUACUAGCGCCAGCGACGAGGAGCAGCACGAAGACCCAGUGGCCCGCCAGGAUAAGGGCAAGCGUCGCCCGUCCGUCUUUGAGGAGGAGCUGCUCGACCUCAACGGCGGCGAUGUCGACAACGGCUCACCCGCUGAAAACUACUUUGAGUGGCAGUCUCACGAGCAGCCCCAGCCGAGCGCCCGCCUUAGGAAGCGCACCCGGCCACCUGCCGAUGCCAGCGUUCCCUCUUCAUCGCUCGGGCAGUUUGAAGAAUCAUCGGCUCGAUAUGGGUCCGACGGCAUUGUGCCGCUCGGCGAGGAUGCAGGAGACGCUCCGGCUGUCUUGAGAUUUGACUCGUCGGCCCACUCGUCGGACUACCACAGCGAAGAAUCGUCCUCUGCCCGACGGGCGUGAGCCACCACCGUCUGAUGUCCAUCCACUACGCCAUAGACAUAUCAAGCCGACGCUGUCCGACGCUGCGCCACUUCAAUACCACGCCCUUCUCUUCUUUUGGUCCUUCUGCAAAUCGUCGCACUCUGAUGUUUGCUGUCUCCGUCACUCCUUCUCGUUUCCUACUUUUCGAUUCUGAAUGCGCAUCUCUGCUGCGAUGACCACCCGAUACAUCAUCACUGCCAGAGGGCGGAUAGAAACUGCAAGAGCCCUUGCCUUUCUCGACAAUGCGGAGC